AGAAAAGAAAAGAAAACCACAAGAUUUUAAAGAAGGAAGAAUUCCAUGAGUUUACUGAUAAUGCUCUUAGCUUUUGGUUGUGGUGUAGCCAUGGCAAUGGAGUACAAAGUCGGUGAUAACAACGGAUGGACAAUCGAAGCUCCCAUCAAUUGCAGCCAAUGGGCCUCCGAUAAAACGUUCUUCAUUGGAGACAUUCUACAUUUUGAGUACCAGCCGAGCAAGGACGAUGUGAUGGAAGUGAGUGAGGAAGACUUCCAACAAUGCAACAAAGAAAAGCCAAUUGGCAUCUACCGGAGCGGCUCUGACAAGAUCCUGUUGAAAAGAGCCGGCUACUAUUUCUUCAUCACCACUGCUUCCAACCACUGCAAUGAUGGACUAAAGUUGAGCAUUAAGGUUAAUAACGCUCCACCAAUACCCUAAUUGAAGGAAUCAACAACAACAUCAACGCGUCCUAACACUAUAUUUACGUGAAUCAUAAGAGGGUUUUUGUUGUGAUCAUUUGGCAAUCUUCUCAUUGAUAAAAGGAGGUUAUUUUUUAAUAAUAUAUAAUGUGGAUUAGAUUCGAUUUUGUUGAACUCUUAUGUAUUUUAAUUAUAUCAAAACUAAGUUUAAAGUUGUUAAUU